AUGUCAAAUCACAUAGUUGGUGGCACUGACGCACGAAGAGGGAAAUAUCCUUUUCAAGUUUACCUAACAGCCAACGGUCGGUUCUUCUGUGGCGGAUCGCUUUUAGACGCAGACACGGUUCUUACCGCUGCGCACUGCUUUCCCUAUGGAUUAAGCAUUGGUACGGAUUACCAGGUGGUUGCAGGAGACUACCGCUAUGACCAAUAUGAUGGUUCAGAACAGACGGCAAAAAUCAGGGCUUUAGCCAAGCAUCCUGGGUACACAGAUGAUGAUUAUCUCAGUGCAGAUAUUGCUGUUUUGAAGUUGCGUACAUCGUUGACUUUUAAUAAACACGUGGGACGACCUGUCACGAUAACAUCAAAGCGACGCGAGAGACGAAUUCAAGCGGUAGACGACUGUUGGCUCACGGGCUGGGGACUCACAGACCAAGAUCCCGACAUUUUACCUAGUAUCCAGCAAGAGCUGGCCGUGAAGUUGGCCCCCAGUAGCAAGUGUACCAGGGCGUUUAGUGGAAGAUGGAGCGACGGCUUUGUUUGCUCCAUUCAGGAGAAUCAGAAUGCUUGCAGGGGAGACUCUGGGGGCCCUCUGACGUGCAUGAUGCGGGGCGUGCCCUACCAGGUGGGCGUGGUCUCGUUUGGCUCCACCAACUGCGCUAACGGAUUCUCCGCCUACACAAGGGUGUCUGCGCACCGGAAGUGGAUAAUAAAGAUGAAGAAGAAUCUUUGA